AUGCAUCUACUAUAUCUAUGUACUAUCUUAUCUAGCUCCACCUACAUACACCCUAGUAUGGAGAAACCAUUCUCGGAAGUUCCCCAAUUCAAAGACUCUCGCCUUCCCUCACUCUACAGUGAUUUCUCCCACCUAAAGGAAAUCAACCCCGAAGGAUACCAAGCCAACCAUGAUGCCUGGGUGGCGCUUCUAGAUACUUCGUUGCGUCUACAUACAUUCGGGUCAAGCAUCACCCUUCCUGGCUCGAAAUUGGCCGCUGCGUUUCAUAAUAAGGUCUAUGGCGAGCCCAAGUCGCUCGCAGAAACACUAAAUCAGGAAAUCCGCAAAGGGACUUACGUGCCCUUGAGUAUUUAUAAGGAACACAAUGUGGUCACCUCUAGACGGGUAUUGGACUACUUUUCCCCGGUGAAAUUGGCAGUGGGGAUGUGGAGCCUGGUGAAGUUGAGUAUAUAUUCCCUGAAACAGCAUCUUGGUGUAGUUCCCGAUGCGUUUAUCGACCGGAGUAGAUUGGUAUCUGUGAGCACUGACAUACAUACAAAGCUUACACUGGAGGUGGCUCAAAAGGGUGUCAUAUCUGCAAAGUUAUUUAGUGAGCAGCUGUUUGCGGACGCAGUGCGUAGACUCAAUCUGCAUUUGUCCGAUGAGGAUGUUCAAGCGAUGAUGCUAUAUCUAUGUAGAGAUACAGGGAAGAUAGCCAUACUUCGAGAUUCAGCGGACGCUCUGGCCGUGUACUUGAAGCUCGGCGAAAACGAAACAGUCACCGAAGACGACGUUGCUGUGAUCAAAUUGAAGGAGAACAUUGGUAGUGUUGCCAAGCGGAUUGCAUUCUUGGAGGAGAAACUCGACCGCGAGAUUCCUGGCAGAUUGAGCCAACUUGUGAAAUCUCAAGCUUCCGAAGAUCGAUUGAAGAAUGUGCUCAUUCGGAAAUCUGCUUUGAAGAAGGCUCUCAGUAACUCGACCAAUGUUCAUUUGCAGCUCGUCCAGGUGCUAGACAAAAUCGACGAAGCGAAAUCUAACAUUGCAUUGAUGGAAACACUCCAGAACUCGAAGUCGGCUUUGGCCCUGUUGAACAAGCAAGUUUCUUUGGACGAAGUCGACACAAUUGCCGUCGAGCUCGAAGGCGAAAUGGCCUUGACUAGCGAGGUUUCGGACGCUUUGAUGCUCGCAUCUGGCGUUGACGAAGAAGAACUCGAAAACGAACUCGCACAAUUGGAGAAGGAUGAGAAGAUUUCUAAGCCAGACACCAAUAAGGCCGAAUCGGAGGACGAAGAACUCAUUGACAAACUCAAGCAUGUUACGAUCGACUCGAAAGCUCCUUUGAAUAAUUCAAAAUCUACAGACGGAGUAGAAGCAACAGAAGAAAAGAGAAAAAUACAUAGCAAUGAGCCUGAACUACUCAAUGCAUAA